AUACAGGUAAGUAUAAAUACUAUCUGAGUAAUGAAUAAUAACAUAAUUAAGCUUAUACUCGUAGUUUUAUUAAAUUACCACGUUUAUAUGCAGCUGUUAAUGCGCAUUGAGUUAAUCCGGGAGUUGGGUGCAUAUAAACGCAUUUUUAAUUCGCAUUAAACUAAUGCCCAUUUAUAAUUUAAUUCGAUUCGUCAAAUCGAAUUAACUCUUACUCCGGGAUUAAGAAAUGCAUGCAAACCCUUUAAUGCGAAUUAAUUUUUUCGCGGGAAUUUAAAAAGAAAAUUUAAAAUUGUUUUGGUCAUGGAAUACAAAGUAUAAAACAUGGACUAAAAACAUUCGCAUUAACUUAAAAUUUUACCCGACCUCUAAUCUUGAUAUUUUAGGUGCAUAUAAACUCGCUCCCUAAUGCCCAUUAAAUCAAUGCGAAUUAACUGCUGCAUAUAAACGCGGUAAAUGAGGUAAAUUGUAAAUAGGUAAUUAUCUAACCGAAAAUAUCAACUGUCUGUGAUAUUGUAUUCCAAUACUCAGGGGCGUUCAAAUGAUUUUAAUUAGGUUUCAAGUAAAAAACAGUGCUAACAAUUAAAUAACAAGUAAGAGGCUCAUCCCUUCAUCUACCGCGGCUCCGUUCGCCAAACUCGGUGUCCUUCGCGCGCAUUUAAGUAUAUGAUGUGCCGUGCAUGUAUGUAUAAUUCCAAACUUUGGAAGACUAUAACAUCCAAAAUAAUUAUUUGCAAAAAUUUAUUUUUGCACCAUCGUUCUUACUCGUUGAAAUACAUAUGAUUAGUCCAAUUAUACCUAGGUAAUAAUAUCUUGAUUAGUGGGUAGAAUAAAGCUAUUUAUUAAAUAUACCAUAAUAAUAUUGUCAAUACAAAAUAAUACAACAGCACACUACGAAAAUAAUAUUUAGCUGUCUGCGGCAUUAUUAUACUAAGAUAAAAUAGAAACGGUAAUUUGUAAUAUUAGAGAAAUCCGAACGUAGGUACGAGGUACCUACGCAGUAAUAUUAUAUUAUUAUAUAUUCAUAUCGAUGCAGGAGUUAUAAAGAUUUUAGUCUAUGAUAAUUGACGUAUUAAUUCGCUAUUAUUCAUUUAAAUAUCUAUUUCAACUAAAUUACUUGAAAUGUCUAUAAUAAAAAACUGUAUUAAUAUAUUUUUUAUAGUUUUUGAUUAUAAAUUAUAAAUAUUUUGAUUAUAAAUAUCAAAAUAUGUUUGUAUACUCUCUUUAUCAACUUAGUGUUCAUGAUGUCUUAAGAACCACCCACAAUACAGUUUCUAUGGAACUAGUGCUAGAGUUAGAUCAAUAAUUGUACACAGGAUAACAACCAACUAAAAGCUCAACUAAUAUCAAUAUUUUAAUAAUUUAAUUUUAAUUUUUACACUCUAAAUGUUAAAUUUAGGCUAUUUAGCAAAUUUCAGGAAAAAAUGAGUAAACAAGGAAGCGAAAAGAAAAAAGAGAUAAAUUCUAAAGAUGACAAAAAAACAAAGAAGCAAACACCGACAACAAUAAAGACACGGAAGGAGGGUAAAAAGUCGAGGAACUUGGUGGAUGUGUUCAAUGAAUGUGCUAUGGAUAAUGCUUACCAUACGUGUCACAAUGUACAAGAUCUGCUGAAGUGCCGAGGUUUUCCAUGGCCACAGGCGCAAAAGAAGAAGAAAAAGAAAGGUGGUAAAAAAGGCAAAUGAGAAUAAAAAUGGAUCGGUAAAAAUUCAAUAAAAAUAUGUUAUUGACUUUUUGUAAUAAAAAAAUAUACAUUACAUUUAUGUUUACAUAUCACUUUUCCUAAAAAAAAAAAAUAAUAAUAAUACAAAUAUACACUGUGACAAAAGUAUGACAUUAAAUCAACUUGUACAAUACACAUGAGUAAUAUAAUACAAUAUGAAUGCAAUAUUACUUAUAAAUAAUAAAAAAACACUAAGCAGAUCUGUAAUAAACAAGCCUGGCGUCAUUUUGGCCGAAUUGUUUUUAGAUUUUAUUUUCUCUAAAUAAUCGUUUAUCACAGACAAGUCAACUAAAAUGACGCCGAAACAUUAUUGAAAUGAGCAAAUUCAACUAGAUCAUUAAAACAAACAAACAAAAA